AUGAUGGACGGAGAAUCUCCUCUAAGACAUCCCAGAAUCAGCCACGUGUCAAAUUCCGGCAGCGAUUUCGGAAGCAGCUCUGAUUACAACAAGUACCUCGUCCAGAUCCCUCCGACGCCGGACAACAAUCCCGGUCCGGCGUCGCUUUCAAUCGUUCUCCUGGACAUCGAUUCCAAUCAGGAGUCGGUUCCGUCCGUUUCCGGAGACAUCGUUUCCGGUUCAUCUGGUAAAGACAACGAACCGGAUCUAACCGAUGUGAGAAUCAAUGUAGGUGAAGAAGAAGAAGACGAUACCUUGCUUUCCAAGAUAUCUUAUUCUCUUACUCGUGUCGUCAAAAUCUCUCCGAUCAUCAUCGCUCUUUAUCGGAUUCUAAUAGUUGUUCGAGUAGUAUCUCUAGCUCUGUUUCUCUUCUGGAGAAUCAGAAACCCAAACAACAAAGCAUUAUGGUUAUGGUUACUCUCUGUAAUCUGUGAACUCUGGUUUGCUUUCUCUUGGUUACUUGACCAAAUCCCUAAGUUGUUUCCUGUGAACCACGCAACCGAUAUCGAAGCCUUAAAGGCGACAUUCGAAACGCCAAACCCGGAUAACCCGACCGGGAAAUCAGAUCUUCCGGGGAUUGAUGUGUUUGUUUCAACGGCUGAUGCAGAGAAAGAGCCUCCAUUAGUUACAGCCAACACAAUUCUUUCGAUUUUAUCUGUUGAUUAUCCUGUUGAGAAGCUCUCUGUUUAUAUCUCAGAUGAUGGAGGAUCGCUUGUUACGUUUGAAGCAAUUGCUGAAGCGGCUAGCUUUGCGAAAAUAUGGGUUCCGUUUUGCAGGAAACAUAAGAUAGAGCCGAGGAAUCCGGAGAGUUACUUUGGUUUGAAGAGGGAUCCUUAUAAGGAUAAGGUGAGACAUGAUUUUGUUCGAGAGCGACGGUAUGUUAAACGAGCUUAUGAUGAGUUUAAGGUUCGGGUUAAUGCGCUGCCUCAUUCGAUAAGAAGGAGAUCGGAUGCGUUUAAUAGCAAAGAAGAGAUUAAAGCUUUAGAGAAAUGGAAGCAUUGGAAGGUGAAAGUUGAAGAGGAUCAAAUUAAGGAACCAAGGCCUGCUUUAGUAGCUCCUAAAGCUACUUGGAUGAGUGAUGGAACUCAUUGGCCCGGUACUUGGGCUGUCUCUGGACCGCACCAUUCGAGAGGCGAUCACGCUAGUGUUAUACAGGGUAUUUAUACACGCACG